AUGUCCAUGACCAGCAUCUUUCGCAAGAAAUCACGCACUCCUCUGUUUGACCGCGACCGCGACCGCGACCGCGCCUCGGCUCCUCCUCCUCCUCCUGUCCCAACACUGCCGCCCCAGUUCUUGGGUGGCGACGAUGACUCGCGCGCACCAGACACUCGAAUGCUCUCUUCCCUUGCAGGAUGCGUUGGUACAGUCUCCACGGUUGUCGAGGACGCUCUCCUCCCAAUGAGCCCGACCGCAUUAGAGUUUGGCCGGCGGAAAAGCACGGCCAGUGCCAUGAGUUCCGCCUCGUCCACCGUCCUGGCCACACCAACGUACCCAUCUGAUCCUAUGUGGCAGCAGCCCAAGAGCGGGAGCGACAAUUCGCACAAGGAAUUCGAGGUGAUUGAGGGUGUCGAGAGUGAGGACGACGUCGAUUACUCGGCUAUCCGAGUCGAGGCCCCAACGCCUGAACGCGACAGCGAGCCCUCGGCAUCGGCAUUGGCCACCACAUACCAGAGCGACCUCUUUGCGUCACGUAAUGACGAGUACGACAUGAGUAAACUCCUAGCAGCGCUCGGAGAGGAUAUCAAGGCCGACGAACAGGCCACUGUCAGUCCUUUCGGAUUCGAGACGAUCGGGCUUGGACGUGACGCAAAGUUCUUCAAAGACCGCGAAGUCAUUGGCGACACCGAGGACUUUUAUGUCCCCACGUUCCAGACAAAGCAUACAACCACUGGUUUCCGCAAGCAUGAGCCGGGCGCGUCCGAUGCGGGCUAUCCCCGAGCCACGCUAACGGGCCAAACCACCUCUUCUAAGCAAAGCUCUGCCUAA